AUUUACCCCCCCCCCAUGGAGGGUGCACUUAAACACCACAAUGCAGGACACACCAUAACCAGUUUUAAAAUAUGUGUGAUAGAAUAAUCUUUUUCUGUGUAAAGUUGUAAUAUAAUGACUUCUUUCAACUUUUAAUGUUAAAUUGUCUGCCUAAAACCCUAAAAAGAUUCACCUUUAAAUUUGUCACUUUUGAGAAUUUAAAUAUAACUUUUAGGUAAUUAACAGUGAUUUUAAAUGUUUUAAGCAUUUCAAAAAAUAACCGUUAAAUAUCAUCCAAUCAAGAUAUAGUUUGCAUCUUGGCUCCGUGAACAAAGGAAGUGAUUGGCUGAAUACUCGUUUGGCGCCGAGCGCAGCGUAACGUAAUGUUUGCGUUCCCUCAUUUCAUCAGUGACGGUUCUGGUGAAGCACCGUAGGAGCUGAAAUUCAAAUCAAUGCAAAUUUUGUCUAUAUAUUUAUAUAAAUAUAUAUAUGGGCACGUUGGUAAGUUGGAUUAAAAAGCUUUACCAGUAUGCUAUUUUAAACACGAGUCGAAUGCACAUUAUUUUCACGGCGCAUAAACGAAUCUAACUAGCCAGCGCAUCUAGGCAGACUUGCAAACUCUAAAACGUGAGAGCUCUCGAUCAGUAGAAAUACUGUGUGAAAUAUAUGUUUGUUAUGUACUUCACACAUUGCUAAGUAGAGUCAAACAGUUUUAGCGCGUCGUUUUAAAUACGAGUAAGGGAGCAUCCGCCCUGAUUUCACGAUGUCCAGCCCAUAAUGUAAAACAUAAUUUGUGUUUGAAACAGUAGAAGGGUGUGUUUUUGUUCACUAAAUUGAAAUGUUUAGCUGUCAGUUCUGUGGGAUAUCAGUGCAAACCCUUAGGGAGCAUGUUUUACAUAUCAAACUUCACCGUAAUGAGCCACGGUGCGUGUUCAAGUGUGCCGCUAUAGAUUGCCACGAAUCGUUUCGUUCACACGGAGCAUUUAAGGCUCAUUUUUACCGUAAACAUAAUAUAGAUUCACGUGUUGCUACUACACAUACCCUUGCGGUGUUAAGAUGUAAUAUAUCUAUGUGCCAACACCAGUGUCGGGAUGUCAAAGCACUACUCGCUCACUUAAAGGAACAUAUCGCCGAAGGACGUGUCGUGACAUGUCCGGUAACAGGAUGUAAUCAUACUUUCUUUGUAAAGUCGUCGUUUACUUCCCACAUCUCAAGAAAGCACAGACAGUGUUCUUUGAGCAGUAUACGUGGUCUUUAUAGAGAGACAGUUCCUCAGUCUUUUGAAACUGAACCUUUAGUUACAGGCCCCACAGAGAGAUUAAAUGAGACUGAUGAAGGUGAAGUUCAUCUUGCAGAGAAUUUCAGUGAUCUUUUUCUCAGAAAUAUUAGUCUUUUCUACUUGAAAUUACAUGGGCAGUUUCUUCUGCCAGCAUCAACUAUACAAAAUAUUGUUGAAGAGAUGCAGAGCAUACAUGAACUGGGACAGACAUAUUCUUUGAAAAAAUUGAGUGCAUUCCUGAAAAAUGAUUUAGAUUUAACAGAUGAGAACAUUGGUAGAGUAUGUGAUGUUGUGAAGGAAUCUGACAUAUUCACCACUUGUCAUGAUGGACCAAUGAGAACGAAUUUUUCAAGGACAAAGACUUUUAAAGAGAUGUUCAGAUACACAGAACCUGUAAAGUUGUACUUAGGAACAGAUGAAACAAGGUCACAGAGGUUUGCCCACUAUGUUCCACUGAAAGACACUUUGAGAAGUUUACUGGAGUCUGACCUAUGGCAGAAAUGUGCUGCACAGGAUACAUGCUUACCCUGCACAGAUGUGCUUUGUGAUGUCAUUGAUGGUCAGGUAUACAAAAACAAUGAGUUCUUUUCUCAAAACCCAUCGUGUCUCAAACUAAUUCUAUAUCAAGAUUCUUUUGAGGUGGUGAACCCAUUAGGUUCAGCAAAAAGCAAGCACAAAGUACUAGCUGUUUAUAUGUCUCUAGCUAAUUUACCACCUCAUAUAAGAUCAAGUACAGACCACAUGUCACUUGUAAUGCUGUGUCGAGAAAAAGAUUUCAAACACUUUGGACAUGAAAAAGUUUUCUCAAGGCUAAUUGCAGACUUAAAGGACUUGGAAGAUAAUGGAAUUACUGUGGCAGAGGAAACCUUUAAAGGGACUGUUUUGUGCAUUGCCGGUGACAAUUUGGGGUCACACAAUGUCGGGGGAUUCACAGAAAAUUUUAGUACUUCUGAAUAUUUCUGCAGGUAUUGCCGGAUAGCACGAAGGGAUUUUCAAACGGAUCCAAAUGCAUGUGGGCCUCAACGCACUCCUGAAAACUACAAUUCAGCAGUAGACAUUUUACAGUCUGAGGGACACCAAAACGUUGAAGGUAUAACAUGUAAGUCAAUCUUUAAUUCAUUGAAUUACUUCAAUGUUUGCAUGCCUGGCCUGCCACCUUGUUUAGGCCACGACAUUUUUGAGGGUAUCCUUUCCUAUGAUUUAGCCCUCUACCUGAAAUACUUCAUCAAGCAGAAAAAGUGGUUCACCUAUUCAAUUUUGAAUAGACGCAUUAAGCAGUUUAAAUACAGUGCAUCUGAUGCAUUGAGUAAGCCAUGUACUGUGAGCUCCAAUGGAGUAAAGCUUUCUGGUCAGGCUAUUCAGAACUGGAAUUUUCUAAGACUUUUACCUGUGAUCAUGGGUGACAAGGUGAAAGAGCCCAUGGAUGAUGUUUGGCAGUUGACCCUUCAGCUGAAAGAUAUUGUUGAGAUGAUUUGUGCGCACAGGAUUUCAUUGCCUGAUGUUGCAUACCUUGAUGUUCUUAUCCAAGAGUAUCUGUCUUGUAGAUUCUCUCUCUUUCCAGGACAUAGACUAAAGCCUAAGCAUCACUACUUGCGACACUACCCUGCACUGAUUUUAAAGUUGGGUCCUUUAAUCAGAUUGUGGACGAUGCGCUUUGAAAAAAUGGGAGAAUCCGAGAUGAACAUUUCAAGCAUUACCAGUGCCAUUGAUGUUAUAUUACCUGACCUUCCAAUCACAACAAAACAAUCUCUUGAGGACACCUUAAAAUCACUUGGAGUUGACACCCCAGAAGAUUUCCGAUUUCUUCAGGAAUCAGAUCUUGUAGCUGUACUGAGGCCAAUUCAAGCCAGGAAAUUUAUUUCUGUUCUAAAGGAGACUACACAAAUUUCAGAAACCCCAAGGCAGCAACACUGUCCAUCUCAAGGAUCUGUUUUGUCCCAAAGUUCUUCAUCCUCAUCUUCCAGGACUUCCUCUCCUCUUAGUGUGAAAUGGGUGGACAGCUUCGAAGUCCCAUGGAAAAACUUUCCUGAGGAAUUAAUGCAGGCACUUGAGAGACAGAAAAGGCCAAGUCCUCAGUUGCGCAGGGAAAUGGUGAGGAUUGUUAUUGCAGCCAUGAUGAAAGUUUGUGCUUGUCCAAGUAGGAAGAAUUUAACAGAAGUCGCCAAAAUAAUGGUUGCCAAAUAUCCAAAGUCUUUGCAAGAUGUAAUUGAAGAGAGUGUGAUUGGUCCUGGAUACUACUCCUUGGUCAAACAAUUUCAAACCAGAGUUGAAAAUGCAAGAAGGACCAGCACACCAAAAAUAAAAAAGCGUGUUCAUGAUUCAGAUGAAUUUGACACUGAGGAAGCCACACCUGAAAAAAGAGCUGUGGUCCAAGAUACAUAUGGCUGUGUUAAUUGGGAAGUAAAAUUUAUGCCACUCAGUGAAACUGCCGAGAGUCUGCAGUUGAAAAAAGAGAAGAUGAAGAGUCUUUCGCAAACAUCUGACUGGAAUGAAAAAGAAGUGAAGGAUCUCAUGAGGUCUACAUACUACUGUCAACGAAAAGAUAUAAACAAAGGAAAAGACAUGAAAACCCUCAAUGAUGAGUGGCCAUUUUUGUUUCAGGAAAGUGGAAUGGAAGUGCACUUUAAAGACCUCACAGGAAUACCACUUAAAGAGACCUUCCUGGAAAGCAUUGACAGAAAAGGAAAUCGGUUGUUGCACUUCAUGAGGAAUAUUUGCGCAAACAAGAACAAGCGUGUCUUACAGGCUGUUGCAAAACUACAAGUUUUGAGAGGACAGAGAAAUGGUUGCUCAGAGGAUGUAAAAGAUAUGAUUCUUCUACUUCUCUCCUAUUUUGACGAGAAAGAGGAGGUCCUCCUUCGUUAUGUAGAAGAGACAAGCCUCGCAAAGGAUGUAGAGUUGGAAAACCUGCCUGUGACACCUUGCAUUAUUGUGUGUGGACCCUCCUGCUAUGCUGCUGUCCAUUUCAUGCUUGCUGUGGACCGCAAGAUUGUGAAUGAUAAUAUCACUUCUUUCAUCUCUGCUGUUUGCCUAAUGUUGGGCAGUUAUUACAGCUUCAACAUUCACUACCCUACAGAACUGGCGUCAGUUCUCGAAUUCCUGCAAAGGUGUUUUUUCCUCAUCAAUCCGGAGAAGGGAACAAAGGUGGUGGAAAAGAAAAACAAAAAGCGACUCCUAGUCAACCCAAGAGUAUUCACCCUAAUCUCUGACCUUUCUGACCAUGAAUGGCGAGAGACUUCGUAAAGGUGGUCUUCAGACUGUUUCAAAGUUGAUACUCUCUCAAUGGAUAGUUCAUCCCAAAAUUUAAAUUCUUCCAUCAUUUACUCACCCUCAGGUUGUCCCAAACCUGUAUAAAUGUCUUUGUUCGGUUGAACAAAAGGAAGCUAUAUUUGUGAGAAUGUCAGUAACCAAACAGACUUUAUCCCUCAUUUAUUGCCAUGACAGGGAAAAUAAAUACUAUGGGAGCCAAUGGUGGAGCAGAUCUUUUUGAUAACUGACAUUCUUGCAAAUAUAAUCCUUUGUGCUUAGCAGAACAAAUAAAUAUAUACAGGUUUGACAUGGCAGGAGGGGUGAGUAAAUGAUCUAUUUUUGGGUUAACUGUCACUUAAACAUUGGAAUGUUCAUUGUUAAUGCAAGUUUAGUCAUAUAAUCAACUCUGUAAGCACUUGUGUUGUGCUGCAUUCUACUUUUUUAUACUGUAAAUGUUCAUGUUAACUUUUCUGAAACAUGCUCAUUUUGAACUGAGCUUAGUUAGGUAAAUGAUUUUAAUGCAUUGGACUGACUGACCUUAAUUGAACCACACAUUAACAGAAAAGGCUGUCAUUUGUUGUUUUAAAUGCCUGCCAGACUUUAUUAAAAAUGGGACCACA